AUGUCUACUACUGGAGUUUUUGAAAUAAAAAUAUGUCUGACAUAUAAAUUUUUUACUAUUGGCUACUAAUAAAUACUUUAAAUACAGUAAUUCAUUUCAACACUAUAUAUAAAUAAAAACGGAAUUAAAAACGUUUUUGAGCAACGGUUUUUGAAAGAUAUUUUUAGUAUAUCAAGCCUUAGUUAGACUUAGAGCACUUUUAAAUAAUGUUCGAACGCAGCUCUUGUUUUGAGAGCAGAUUUCAAAAAUUCACUUUUUAUUUUUGAUUUAAAAUUUUCAAUUUAUAAUUUUCUCAGCACUACGAGUAUAGCUACAACAAGUGCAAUUUACAACACUCUUUCAGUUUGACAAUUGAAAAUUUAUUAAUUCUCAUUUUCGAUUUCGUCUGCCGUCCGAAUCAAUAAUUUUGCUUCAUUGGACAAGAAAAAUGAAUUUCGAAACACGCGUUAAGUAUGAUAGCGAAUCCAAUAUCAAAAAAGCGCUGAGGGCCGUAUCCCUUUAUUGUGUUUUCAUAGUAAUGACCACUAUAGUUGCCGUUUCUGCUCGCCACCACUACAUGUACUACUUCAAUCACGCUAUUAAACAGCACUUUUUGAUCCACGAACGACUCGUUACCUACAAUGAAUGGUGGUGGGAACUAUCGAACUCAUUUUUGCCGGAAGUGUUGCUACCACCACAAACGAGCAACGAAAGUGUCGCUACCGAAAAUACGAAUAUUACAGGCGUCAAUGCAAGCACAGCUUACGCUGCACAUAAAAUUAUAAAAUUGGAAGAGAAUAUAUUAUUGGGAACACCACGCCUACGCCAAUUACGUGUCGUGGAGACAAAUUGUAGCGGCAGCAAGAGUUUUGUCAAAUAUUUUCAUUUCAUUUGUUAUCCAGAUUAUUCGUAUUCGGAUUUGCAAAUCACUGGCGAACAUAUAGGCGCUAAAUAUGAAUCUGCAUAUCAUUUGAGCACGAUGUCGAUCCGCGGUCGAAUACACACCUAUUGGGGUGGUGGUUUCGUGCAGAAUUUGGAUCGAACUUUUAAUGAAUCUUUGCCUUUGAUUGAAUCGUUGGCGCAACUUGACUGGUUGGAUCGCGGCACGCGACUUAUGAUUUUCGAAUUUACACUCUACAAUAACAAUACAGACCUCUUUAAUAAUGUCAAAAUUCUGGGCGAGGUUCCGGUCACUGGUGGCGUUUUAUUAUAUAUACAAGUGCAGGCGGUGCAAAAGCAUGCUGUCUGGACAGGUAGCAUAUGGAUCAUACUCUCAGCUAUCAUAUUCUAUAUAAUGGCCAUGUACUAUUUUGUUGGUGAAAUAUUGGAAUGCCGUAGGCGUGGUUAUAAAAAAUAUUUGAAAAACUUUUGGAACAUUGUAGACUUAGUUAUACUGCUUCUUGUUAUACUCUCCUUCAGUUAUAAUAUUUUCCAUCCAAUUUAUUUACAUUAUUAUUUGAAGCAUGCCACAGCAUUACCAAUGGAAUAUCACAGCUUGGAUGUGAUUUGUUGGUUGAACUCGCAUUAUAUGAAUUUGGUAGCGGUGCUGGCGUUUUUAGUUUGGAUUAAGAUAUUUCAGUUUUUCACCUUCAACAAAACAUCGAUACAAUUAAAUGCGACGUUCGUGAAGUGCUAUAGAGAUCUGCUCAACUUCGUGCUCAUAUUUCUCAUAAUCUUCCUCUCGUAUGCCAUGCUCGGCAUGUUACUAUUCGGCCAUACGCACGAGGAUUUUUUCGUGUUUCCCAUUGCAUUUUGGAGCGUCAUGCGUAUGGUAUUAGCCGAUUUUGAUUAUAUUGCUGCAGAACAUGCCAAUCCUGUGCUGGCACCAAUAUAUUUUCUCUCCUUCAUACUCAUGGUAUAUUUUAUACUUGUUAACAUGUUUUUGGCUAUCAUUUACGACACCUUCCGCGACAUAAAAAAUAAUGAAAUACCACCGGAGAAAAAACAAAUGCCGCUGUUCUUUAAGAAGUACUGGGAUAAGAGCAAAGAUGGCGGUAAGAAGGCGCUCAAAGCAAUAGGCUUAUGCAAACGUUCGAACUCAAAGCGCGACACCCAACCGUUACGCGAAUUGAACGACGAGAAUGAGCCACCUUUUCCACCAACGCCAAGGCUAGAGAAAAAAAUGCGCGUGUCGAAGAAAGAGAUAAUUCAAAACUACUUUGAGACCAUCAAGAACAAACGUGACGCCGAGCAAAUAGACAAUUUGACUAAACAUAUAACAACUUUAGAGGAGAUUUUAGCUAAAAUGAGUGAUGAUAUUAAGCGUCUGGAAGCCGAAACACCUGAUCCGAGCACGCGCCCAGAGCCGCCGAGGCAGCCUAAAACGCCGCCACGUCUAAAGAUCUUUAUAAAUCGCAAAAAAUAGCUUAAAAUUCUGUACGUUCCAUUUUAUGUGUGAAAAAAUCAAUUUUGAAUUAUUUUAAUAAAACUAAUACUAUAGUAUUUUUAA